AUGAAACAGCGACAAGCUAUCGCAGACCGAAAAAGAUUGAAGAUAGGGCAUGUCAGUCCUCAGCUAAGAGAAGGCUCGAACGAGGAAGUCCUCCACUUUGAAGUUCAAGCUUUGCUAGACAAGGCCGCAAAAGACGCCAGUGGCUCUGACUCAGUGAAUGGCGAUGUCAGUGCGCAAGAGAUCAAUGGUACUGAUGUAGAGGUGCCGGAACGUUUUUCAGAGAUCGAGCUGGACAUCGUGGAGCUAUCUUCAACGGGUGACGGUCUGGCUCUGUCGCCCUCUGGCCAGCUUGUGUACAUUGUCCCUUUCACCGUGCCGGGUGACAGAGUUCUAGCAAGAGUGAUAGAGCACCACAAAUUCAGACCAUAUGCUAGGACAGACUUUAUCAAAGUCAUCAAUCCAUCCGCAAAACGGAAUGAUGGGGGAAUCGGGUGCAAGUACUUCUCGACGUGCUCCGGCUGCCAGCUGCAAAUGCUGUCCUAUGAUGACCAGCUCGCUCAUAAGAAAAGUAUCCUUGAGAAAGCAUAUAAGAACUUCUCCGGCCUCGAUCCUUCCCUCGUGCCUCCAAUCAGUGACACCUACGGUUCUCCCCUCGAGUACAAUUACCGUACAAAGUUGACACCACACUUCGACGGACCCAAAGGACCGAAAGGUCAAAGGAAAUUCACCGAAGUUCCCUCAAUCGGCUUUACCAUGAAAGGCCGGAAGAAAGUGAUGGAGAUCGAAGACUGUCCCAUCGGCAGCCCCAUCGUCCGCGAAGGUCUCAUCCGCGAACGCGCCAAAGUCGCCGCCAACAUCCAUAAAUACAAACAGGGUGCUACGAUUCUCGUCCGCGAAUCCACCCAACGCACCCCCAAAACCACCUCCGCCCCCUACGCCAUCAAAGGCGACACCGAGCACCUCAGCAGCGCCGCAAAAUCCGCACCCAUCACCACCGACCCCGAAACCGGCCGUCCAGUAAUCCACAAAGAAUUCCCCACCUACAUCGAAGAAAAGACCUACAUCUCUGACAUGAAUGAAAACAGCGUCGAAUACAUCGACGACUGGAAAUUCACCAGCCGCGCCGGCGCCUUCUUCCAAAACAACAACUCCAUCCUCAGCAAAUUCACCGCCUACGUCCGCGGCCACGCCCUACCGCCCGCACCGAAACUGGGUGAGCCCGCCGUCAAAUACCUGCUAGACGCCUACUGCGGAUCGGGACUCUUCGCCGUCACCCUCUCGUCACUCUUCAAGUCAACGCUCGGGGUCGACAUUGACGCAACGGCCAUCACCGCCGCCCGCGCUAACGCAACGGACAACAAUCUCUCCAAUAUCGGCUUCAUUGAAGCCGACGCCUCUGCCCUGUUUGCAGGUGUGCCCUUCCCGCCCGCAGAGACGGUCGUGGUCAUCGACCCGCCGCGGAAAGGUUGCUCGCCGGACUUUCUGAAGCAGCUGCUUGGAUUUGGGCCGAAACGGGUGGUGUAUGUGAGUUGUAACGUGCAUAGUCAGGCAAGGGAUGUGGGGGUCUUGGUGCAGGGGAAUGGGAAGGUGAGGUACGAGAUUGAGAGUUUGAGGGGUUUUGAUUUCUUUCCGCAGACGGGGCAUGUGGAGGGGGUGGGGUUUUUGAAUAGGGUGGAGGUGCAAAAGGUAUAG